AUGCAGCAACCGCCGACCACGCCUCCGGCCAACGCGUCGACCGCCCACGGCGACAUCACGACGAGUGGGUCACGGGCAUCUACUGGCGACGCACCGUCCUCUGCCCACAGCAACGACCCCGCGUCUACAUCGAGCCCCGUCACCUCCAAGCCGUCAUCACCAGCCUUCCCCUUUGGCCAGCUUCCCACCAGCCCUGGUUUCCUAUCGGCUCCCACCUUGCAGUCAUACCCAAGCCCUUUGAGACAGCACCGUCGAACGCCUUCUCAACAUCGAGAAGUUAAGGAAACGCUCAAUGCCGUCUCCGAGUUUGCCGAUGACGACGAAGAUGGCUCCUCCCAUCACAAAAUCAACCAGUACACUAUCAACUUUAUGAUUGGACGUGGCUCCUAUGGCUCUGUGCACGUCGCAACCGACCAAUAUGGCAAGGAAUUUGCGGUCAAGGAGUUUUCAAAAGCACGGCUUCGGAAACGGGCCCGCUCCAACCUCAUGAAGCAAGGCCCAUUCCGUGCUGGGCGGUUUCCUGGCUUAGGCGGCCCGGUUGGUCCUCGCGGCCCAUCAUCAAGGCUCGAGGGUGAGGCACAGGCAGAGGCCAAAGAUGCUCUCUAUCUCAUCCGUGAGGAGAUCGCCAUCAUGAAAAAGUUAAACCACCCAAAUCUGGUCGAGCUGAUCGAAGUGCUCGACGACCCCGAGCAAGACUCUCUCUAUAUGGUACUGGAGAUGUGCAAAAAGGGCGUCAUCAUGGACGUUGGCCUUGGCAAAACAGCCAAACCGUACGAUGCGGAAGCUUGCCGGUGCUGGUUCCGUGAUUUAAUCUUGGGCAUUGAAUACUUGCAUGCACAAAAUAUCAUUCACAGAGACAUCAAGCCAGACAACCUACUCAUCACCGACGAUGAUGUGCUGAAGAUUGGCGAUUUUGGUGUCUCGGAGAUGUUUGAAAAGGCCGACGGCAUGCGCACAAGCAAAACAGCCGGAUCCCCUGCCUUCUUCCCACCCGAGCUUUGCGUCUCCAAUCACGGCGGCGUGGAAGGCCCACCUUGCGACAUCUGGUCAAUGGGCGUCACUCUGUACUGCCUCCGCUACGGCAAGAUACCGUUUGAACAGGAAACCAUGGUCGAUAUUUACGAGGCCAUCAACACAGCUGAAGUGAAAUUGCCGGAAGAUGAAGACGAACAGUUUGUUGACCUCAUGGGCAAGAUCCUCGAGAAGGACCCUUCCAAAAGGAUAACUAUGGCUCAGCUAAGAGAACACCCUUGGGUUACCCUGAACGGUGAUGACCCUCUCCUGAGCACCGAGGAGAACUGUGCCAACCCGAUUGAGCCACCUAAUGCUCUGGAGCUCAACCACGCGUUUACGCAGAAUAUGGGGAAUCUACUAUGUGUCCUGAAAGCCAUCCGCAAAUUCAAAGGCCUGCUUCGUUCGAGGAACCGGGACCCUAACUUGGCCGUGCCCCCACUCGCCAGCGAUGUUGCGGAACUCGGUUCACAUGUUUCGUCGAUCCGCGUCUCAUCCGACCAAGAACGGAUGACCGAAGACGAGGUGGCCCGCCUCGUAGAAGAACGAAGAAACAACAUUCGGAAAGCAAGUCUCCAGACCAGUCGGCUCCUUGGUACUACGGCUGUCGAGGGACAAAGGGGCGGUUCAACAAGUGCUAGAGACGACACUGACGGUAGAGAGAAUGGUACAGGCAUUGGUGUCGACCAGCCAACGCUGCUUCUUGGCAUCGGAACGGGUGGUGGUGACGAGUUUGGGCCCGACAGGCAGCACGACGAGCCCGAGGACGUCGUAUCCGAGUCUCCGACGACGGCCGAAUUCGACGUCUACGAUCGUGCUUUCCAGUCAGAGGUGGCCCGUAUCCAAAGCCAGGGUAGCAAGUCCAAAGUCUACCCCACCAAAGUUCUCGAGAGCAUAACCAGAGGCGGCGGUGGCAGCGGAAUGGCCGACAUCGUGGCACGCCUCAUGACGGAGAAACAACAAUAA